AUAAUCAGCCUCCUUCUUCUUUUCUGUGUUCUCCGUCGGCAUAUUCUCCUCUUCUUCUGCGUUUUUUUUCACUGUUCUUCGUUAACUCUCAUUGGACAUGCCGCUAUUCAGCUCUAGAGAUGAGAUGCAGCCAUAGAACUUCGCUUUGAGAGAAGACAAUAGAGAAAAUGCAGAAAUUGGGAGAUUUCAAGCUGCCACACUUCUUCAAUUACCCCCCAUAUUUCACUUUGCAACCAGUGAGGGACACCCGCGAGAAGCAAAUUCAACUUUGGAAGGAACUUAUUCUUGACUAUUGCCGAACACAAAAGAUAUUUGUCAUCGGACUUGAAGAGGAAUUUCCUAUAUUUACCAAUACUGCCAUCGAGAGAUCUCUCAGUCAUGAAGCUAGAGAAGCAUUUCUCUCAGCCUUAGUUUCAGAUGGUCGCGCAGAAUGGCUGGAUAAGGGACAUAGAAAAUGCCUUAUUUUGUGGCACCGGAUUCAAGAUUGGGCUGACAUCAUUUUGCACUUCGUGAAAAACAAUGGACUUGAAGAUAGUGUAAUGACGGUUGAGGAAAUGCGUUCAGGAGUUGAAUCUAGAGGAACAGAGCUUCAAGGGAUUGAUCGUACGAUUUUAAUGAGAGCGUUGAAACUGCUUGAGCAGAAGGGGAAGCUUGCAAUUUUCAAGGGUUCUUCAACAGAUGACGAAGGAAUUAAAUUCUCUGUAUAACUAAAACUGCUAAAUUUAUCCACAUUGCCAUUCGUAAAGUUCUCCUCUAAAUGGUACUUUUCUUUAGUUCCUCUGCCAAUUCAAAUUGGGACUAUAAACAGUUCUUGUGAUCCUGGCCAAAUUUGAAAACGAAUAGAAUUUAGAAACUGUUAGUGUGUCUUGAGAUGACUUUAGAGAAAAAA